UAUUUUAAAGUAAAGCAUCUUUAACUUUAUUUAUAAGUUUCCAAUAAUACCCUCUCUGCUUUUCCCUGCCACCAUUCCCCUCGCUCUCACCCCCGGCUAAGCAACCCAAACACAACGCUAAAAACUCCGUUAACUCUCACUGGCAGAAAAGAAUCCCAAAGCCAAACAGAAAUUACCUCUACAGCACCUAUACCUAUACGUAUAUUUCUGCUACGGAGAUUUAUUUAUUCAAACACCUAGGGGUCGCAUGGAAACCAGGGGAUCAUUGGCGCAGGCAAGAAGAAAGCUAAUGCUUACACCUAAGGCUAUUGUACACCAGAAGUUUGGAAACAAAGCCUCUUAUAAGGUAGAGGAAGUAGAUGAACCUACUCAAAAUGGAUGCCCAGGACUGGCAAUCCAUCAGAAGGGUCCCUGCCUUUAUCGUUGCAUCUUGGAGCUUCCAGAUUUUUCUGUUGUGUCAGGUUCCUUUAAGAAGAAGAAAGAUGCUGAGCAGUCUGCUGCUCAGAUGGUGUUGGAAAAGCUUGGCAUCCAUCCUUCUGCAGAUAGUCCCACAGCAGAGGAAGAUUGGACAGAGUUGAUUGCUUUUAUCAAAUUUAUAUUCUCAAAUGAGUUCCUUUCAGUUCUUCAUCCUCUGAGCAGUCACUUCAAAGCAGCUUUGUGCAGAGCUGGUGAUCUUAAUGGUUCAGUUCCUGCUUCUGUUAUUGCUAUAUGCGAUGGGAAGCCUAGUAAUCUCUGCAAAAUAAUUAAUCCUACAGUGGAGUCUCAUCCUUUCUUGGUCUUAUCAUAUAUUAUGAGCGCUGCUGCAGGAUUACCAGAGUUGGUUAGUCCUGAGGGACAGCUUUCGAUUCAGAGGAAAGAUCCUUAUCAUCCUGAUGUCAUAGAAUUAUCAGUACCUCAACAAUUAGGUGUUGCUGAAAGCAUAUCGACUAUGGCCAUAUUUAUACCAUGUUCACCUGAAAAGGCUGUUGAACCAUUGAUUCUUAAUAUUUCAUCAACAGAUUAUUACCUUGAUGUUAUUGCACAAAAACUUGGAUUAUCAGAUGCCAACAAGGUUUUGAUCUCGAGGACUAUUGGUAAAGCUUCAUCUGAAACAAGGUUUUACUUUGCUGCUCCUGAGUCAUAUCCACUAGAUAUGUCAUCUGAUCUUCUAAAUGCUAAAGUUGCUACGUUUGGAGGACCUUUGAAUGCAAGGGCCAGCUACAUUUGUAGCCAAGAUAUAUAUGGUGACACAAUUUUGGCAUCCAUUGGUUACACUUGGAAAUGCCAAGACCUUUUUCAUGAAGAUGUCAUGUUGCAAUCAUAUUACAGGAUGCUUAUAAGUAAAAUACCAAGUGGAGUUUACAAGUUGUCCAGAGAGGCAAUACUUGCAGCAGAGUUGCCCCUGACAUUUACUACAAAGUCAAACUGGAGGGGUUCUUUCCCGAGAGAAAUUCUCAGUUCAUUCUGUCGCCAGCACCAGCUAUUAGAACCUGUCUUUUGUGCCUCAAGCAUUCCUACAAAAGCAUCAACGGAGUUGUCAAGAUCAAACAAGAAACUAAAGGUUUCAGAGUCAGCUGAGCAAGAGACAGAGUAUGCAAAUAAAAAUGGUGCUGUUGAUGCUGAUGCUAAAUCAGUGGGGUUGGGAAGCAGUUUUACUUGUGAAGUAAAAUUAUAUUCUAAGUGUCAAGAUUUGAUUUUGGAGUGUUCACCCAAUGUUUUGUAUAAGAAGCCAAAUGAUGCUGUCCAGAGUGCUUCUUUAAAAGUUUUAUCAUGGUUGAAUGCAUAUUUUAAGGAUAUAGAUAUGCCUUUAGAGAAGCAAAAACAAUCAGCCAAUGUAUUUGAUAUUAAGUUUUAUCCUCAAAAUUUUUCCAAGGAAGUUGUACGAUGCCUAUCUGUUCAUAACUGUCAGCAUAAUAAAACUUUGGGAGGCAAAGAACCUGAAUCAACCAGUAUUAAUAUUCUAAAUGGUGUGGUGGAAAAUGAUGUGAGUUCUAUAAAUAUAGAAGGUCCAGAUUCUAGUGUUUUUCCAUCUAAUGGGUCCCUUUUGUGUAUGUGUUAUUCUGUAUCUUUAGUGACAAAAGGUAAACUUCAGAAAGAGCUUCUUGAAAGUAUUGAGGAGUUUGAGUUUGAGAUGGGGACUGGGGCAGUGAUUCCCUGUCUUGAAGCUGUUGUCACUCAGAUGUCUGUUGGCCAGUCUGCUUGUUUUUAUGCAGAGUUGCCUCCUGAAGAUUUGGUUCUGGCUGCGGCUAAGGAUUCUGCAAAUGCUGUUGCAUUCUUAUCUUCACCCUGCUGCUUGGAGUACUCUAUCAUUUUGUUACGGGUGAUAGAACCCCCAGAAGACAGAAUGGAACAGGCUCUUUUCAGCCCACCACUUUCAAAGCAACGUGUAGAAUAUGCCCUGCAGCACAUUAAAGAAUCUUGUGCUACUUCUUUGGUUGAUUUUGGAUGUGGCUCUGGUAGUUUACUGGAGCCUUUGUUGGAUUAUCCAACUUCUUUGGAAACAAUUGUUGGUGUUGAUAUUUCACAGAAGAGUCUUAUCCGUGCGGCAAAGGUUCUUCACUCAAAACUAACCAUGAAGUCAGAUCCUGAUGCACCAUGUAGGAGUAUAAAAUCUGCAGUUCUUUAUGAUGGUUCUAUCACAGAUUUUGAUUCUCGGUUGUGUGGAUUUGAUCUUGGCACGUGCUUAGAGGUGAUUGAGCAUAUGGAGGAGGAUCAGGCCUGCUUGUUUGGUGAUGUUGUGCUCGGUUUUUUUCGUCCAAGGAUUCUUACUGUUUCGACUCCCAACUAUGAAUACAAUGUAAUACUCCAGAAAUCCAAUAUAACAAGCCAAGAAGAUGAUCCAGAGGAGAAGAUUCAGUCACAAUCAUGUAAAUUUCGCAACCAUGACCACAAGUUUGAGUGGACGAGGGAGCAAUUCAACCAUUGGGCAUCUGAAUUAGCAAUCAGGCACAAUUACUGCGUUGAGUUCAGUGGGGUUGGUGGUUCUGCUGACCAGGAACCGGGAUUUGCUUCACAGAUAGCUGUCUUUAGAAGGGUUUUCCUGCCCGAGGAUGAUGAUCUUCGGGAGGAGCAAGUAGAUUCGGCAUGCCAAUACAAAGCUAUAUGGGAGUGGAAUAGAUCUAUAAGCUCCCUCUGACAAAUUAAACAGAAACAGCCAUAGAAAAAGAUUUUGCUUUUAGUUUGAUAGCCAGGCUAGCAGGUUGUAACACCAAAUUUUGAACAUGGUGGUGAAGUAUCCAUUAAAUAUAUGCAUCUUUUACAUGAGCCUAAAUCUGCAAAUAUCAGGAAACUCUUUAGUACAUCUAACUGACGUUGAGGAUAUGUGGAACUUGAACGUGUCAAACAUUUACUCUAUUUUUUCUUCUUAAAUUUUAAUUACUUUCUGCUAUUGCUGCUGGUGAGCAAUGGGAAAUACAGAAAUUAGAGGAAGCUUUGGAGGCCAUCCAAAAAUGCCUCAAGCCUGAAGAGACUAAGGUCAUUGCAAAAUGAAUGCAAGAAAAUCAUACUUCUCUUGUAACUGCAUUUCAAUGCUGGUCGGUAACGGAGCUUUCUUGGGAGGUGGAGGAAAGGAAGAAAGUUCAUGCCUUACGGCUUGAGCAUUGAACUCAGGAUUA